UAAAGUUGCAGGAUUAUUUCUUUGAAUCUCUAACGUUUUGAUCAAGGAUGGUGAUAGCAUACAGGAAUCACGCAUCGCAUCCAGAGAUAGUCGAUCGACGCGUUCGUCGCGCGGCCUGAUGGAGCCGGCGCGGUGCUGGCGUAAGUUCGAUAGUUCGGCUCUCUCCCAAGAAGCAGUAGCAAGGCUCGAACGAGGGUCCGCUGCGCGGUGAUGGCGGCCAAUCAACCGUCUCCCCCCAAGCCGUGGGAGAACCGGCGACUAUCUGCUGAUGUAGGAGUCAGUCAACUGCCUAGACCUGGACAGCCCACACUCACUCGAAUUCCACCUCCUAUUCUGCCAAGGCCUUCACAACAGACUGGGAGCACUGCUCUGAAUACCUUCAGGCCUGCAUAUAGCAGCCCUUUUUCUUCAGGCUAUGGCACAUAUGGAAAUUCUUUUUAUGGAAGUUACAGCCCAUAUAAUUACGGAUAUGGUGGCUUGGGCUACAAUCGUUUUCGGAUGGAUGAUAUUCCUAGCAGCCGAUUUGUUCAGCAAGCUGAGGAAAGCAGCCGGGGUGCAUUUCAGUCCAUUGAAAGCAUAGUCCAUGCCUUUGCCUCUGUCAGCAUGAUGAUGGAUGCUACCUUUUCAGCUGUCUACAACAGUUUCCGAGCUGUAUUGGAUGUUGCCAAUCACUUUUCCAGGCUCAAAAUACAUUUUACCAAGGUGUUUUCAGCCUUUGCACUAGUCAGAACUAUAAGGUAUUUCUACAGAUGGCUACAGAGAUUACUGGGUAUGAGAAAGAGCUCGGAGAAUGAUGAUUUAUGGGCAGAAAGCAAAGGAACUGUGGCCUGCAUUGGUACCGAAGAAAAGGCAGCUAAUUCUGCAAAAUCCUGGCCCAUUUUCCUAUUCUUUGCUGUUGUUCUAGGAGGUCCCUAUCUUAUAUGGAAGCUACUAUCCACCUACAGUGAUGAUGAAACAGUUUCCAGUGAUUGGGCCAGUGGAGAGGAUGAUCAUGUUGUUGGGAGAGCAGAAUAUGACUUCAAUGCUACUUCAGAAGAAGAAAUUUCUUUCCGUGCAGGUGAAAUGUUAAAAUUGGCACCAAGAGAACGACAACCCAAGAUACGUGGUUGGCUUUUGGCCAGCCGUGAUGGUCAAACAACAGGACUCAUACCAGCUAAUUAUGUCCGAAUACUUGGUAAAAGAAAAGGGAGAAGAACCUUAGCGAUGGAGAAGGUUGCAGAGCAUCAGUCCACAUUCAGCAAUACCUCUUUGGUUCAGGAAAGCACAACUGCUGGUGCUUUGGAGGAGCAAGAGGCUGCCUUUGAGUCUGUUUUUGUGGAAACAAAUAAAAUUCCUGUCAGAUCAAAUUCUUCUGUGCUUAGUGGAGAUAAAGAUUUUUGAUGCUUGAAGAUUUAUCAGAGCUACUGGACUGCAUUCACCAAUAAUACUUUAGGGUAGCCAUUCAGUAGUAAGUAGCAAAACACUGUUAUUGACAGUAUCCAGGUAAUGUGCUAUUCAUACCUGGUAGUGUCAGUCAUAGGGACAGUUGUUAUUGGCUCUAAACCUGUAUAAGGUCUAUUGAACAUUAGGCAGUUGGGUAAAGCAUGCUAAGGUCCAUUGUAUUAUCUCAGACAUUGACGACUGUAGAAUCAAAAUACCUAUCUUCUGAUCUGAAGAAGCUGGUACUAAGGCUUCAGACAGCUCUCUGUGCUGAAGCCAUUUUUGAAGUCUAAAGAAUUUGCUCCAUACAGUAGCAUUGUGGUGGUAUUGAGGGAAAAUGUUUUCAAAGGUUUUGAGCAUACCUUGUGGUUGUCUUUUUUUGUACAACAUUUUUGUGAGGUGGAAGGAGAAUCUCUGAUUCAGGGAGAUGAGCUAGCAAUAGAAAAACUUACAGGGUUGAAACUAAUGUGUCCACUAGAUAGAAACAAUAUACGUAAUGUGCUUAAAAACCAGCAAAAGUCCAUCUAAUUGUUGUUCUGAGGUAUAUACUGACAGAUCACUUGAUCCUCUUUUCAUAUGCCACAUAUGAACAUUGUAAAAGCUGGAAGGUCAGGUUUUGUUUUGUUUUUUACUGCUCUAUAGCAUUGCAUUUGAAGCCUGAUGUAGUCCUCUUAUUUAGAUUGGAAAAUAUUUGCUAUAUGUUAAAAAGCUACAUUGCCACUUGUUCGUCCAGAUAAAUUAUGUAACAACUUUCCUCUGUCUUUUUACUGAAACAUGUUCUGUCAAGAAUAUCUCACGGAGGCUCAAACUCAGCAUAAAAUGGCAGUAUAUCUGUGUGUUUUAAAGUUAAUUCUGUCACUGUCACAUGCAAUCUGAGCCUAUUGAUUGAUAAAAAUCAUAAAUACAUGUUUUUCUGUAGUUGGUUUCUUAACAUUACAAAUGCCAACAGUGUCAUUUCACUUAACAUUCUGCUUAGUAAAUCUGUAGUAAUUGCUCUGGUGAGAAUACUGAACAUGGCUUUUGUAUCCAAAAAGUGUGAGGUAUGUUUACAAAGCCAGACUGAUAUGAAAAUAAAAGUUCUGCUCAUAAAAAUCACAUUUAAUACUAUACUGAGGCCAUGCCAUUCUGAACAGCCACAAUAAAAAUCCAAGUUUAUUCUGAAGAGCGCUUGAUAAGUGACAAACUAAUUACAGGGUGAAAUGUGUUAGAUGAAAUACAUAGACUUCUGUUCUAUAAUAUUGUUCUAUAGUAUUGAUAGCUUAAAAUGGUUUGAGCUUGCAAUGCAACACAAUUAUAUGUUCAUUUUUUUCUCUAACCAUCUUAAAAUAAAUGAAUUUCCAAAUUAGAAAAUACAAAUUGACAUCCUUAAUUUUAAAUCAAAAUUCUUCUACACAUAUGUUAUGUGCAGCUUUGCUACAAACCUAAUUUUUUAAAGAAUUCUAAACAAUUUUGUAACUUGAGGUAAAUUACAGCACAGAACAAAGAGCUUAAAAAAGAGUACCUUAGCUGGAAAUAAUUUUUUCCCCAUAGCAUUCAGGUUCAGUCAGUGUAUAAUUCAUCAUUGUGCUAAGGGCCUUGAAAGAAGAAUUUUCUUUGAUCCCUUUCAUUUAAUGAUGAACCAAUGCAGUAAUUUCUAAUUAAAAUACUUGAAUUUCUGAUUUGAUAAGACUAGCAGCUGUAGGCCAGAAAAAUGAAAAACCAGGAUUAGACUGAAGAUGGGUCAGGCCUGAACAACUAUUCACAAGCAAUUCUUUAUUAUUUACAUGAUUAGGUGCUUUUGUAUUGAACUCUGUGACAUAAAUUGGUACCCCAAUUUUCCUCCAAAAACAUACUAGGAAAUUUAAGUAAAGAUGUUGAUAUAGAUCUAAUACCUGAAACCAGUUUUUCUUGCCUACUGAAACUAGCAUUGGUGGUGAAAAAGGGUAAGUUCCAGUUUGUAAUUGGCCUUCAAAUCAAGGCUUAAAAUACUUGAUUUUUCUGAUAGUUUACUAUUAUCAGUGGGUUGAAUUCUAAUAAAAAGGACCAUUGACUUUCAGCCUGAUCCUAAAAAAUAUUUAAUUGAAUAGUCUUGAAUUUGUUAGGUCUCACUUCUUCGGAAGUUUACUUGAAUUUACAAUCUUUAUCAUAUGUGAACUUACUUCAUUAUAACUAACGAAGUAGCUAUCUAUGCAUAUCAGUGUAUCAGAACUCUGAACCUUUAACUUCAUACUUGCUUUAGUGGAGCCAGAAUGCAAAUGGUUAUAAUGAUUUAGCUUUUAGUGAAAAUUUUAUCAUGCAGUUGAAGUGACUUUGCUAAAUCUAUUAAAUUCCACUAAAUUUUGAGUACAGCCUUGUUUUUUCUUAGGAAUCUUACAUUCACAGUAAAAUUGCAAGUAGGAUAUCAAUUUGAAAUGAAAAGCAGUCUUACAACUAUGAUAUGUAUUAGUGCUGGCAGUAUGUUCCAGCCAUCUUUUUAUAUUACACAGUAUUGGUUGCUAUAAUUGAAAAUUUCUGGAGCUCAAAAGAUAACACACAAAAUACAUUCUGGUAAAUAUACAUGAGUAUCUUCUGAUUUAGGUGGAAUAAGGCUAAUUGGGGUCUUGGAACCAUUUUAGAUGGAAAAGAUUUUGUGUUUCUGUAUUACAUAGUAAUCUAACAAACUCAGGAAUAUUUUUUUCCUCUGGCAUUUUACACAUCCCAUAGAAACACAAUGUAUUUAUCCCUUAGGAGAGAAUAUGUGUGCGUGCAUGUGUUAACCUUUGUGAUGAUGGUGUUGAACAAAAUGGGACAUAGUUACUGUUAAAUGUAUGGCAUUGGAACAAAGCUAUAUUUCUGGUUACUAUAUUAAAAGAAAAAUUAAGAUUAUGAAAUCCUGACCCCUAUAAAGUGAAACCAUCAGGCUCCAUAAUGGCAGACCUUCUCUGUUGUUCCUCUCCUUCUUUGGAAUAGCAUGAUCCCAGAGAUUAAAGUAGCCUUAAUCUUGCUAAGAAUUUGGAAGGCCAGUAAGACCUGGCUUUACCAGAUGGGCUUUGGGGGUUGAUAUAAAUUCUGGUCCAUUUUGGAGGUAUCAUUGAUUGCUGUUUUGACUGUUCCUCAAGGCUAUAUUGUUGCUGUAUUAUGUUAAUUAUGUUUUUAAUCCAAAUAUUGUAUUUUGGAGGGUGAGCCACUCAAAGUUGCUUAUGAUUGGAAUGGCAUAUAAAGUCAGUAAGUUAAUAAAUAAAUUAAUCUGAAAGCAACAUUUUCUGGGAAAAGAUAAUGGGUUUUUUUUCUUUGUUCCUAGCAGUUUAAAACUUUGUUUUUAAAUUUACUGAAUUUUUCAGAAUUUGCCUUCCAGUAAUCUAUUAGACAGUGUGAUCCUAGGACCCCAAGACCCUAUCAGGGUCUGCGAAAUCAAAAUUAUUUGCCAGCCUAUAUUGAAAAAUAAUAAAUAUUAAAAUCCCAUCAAACAGUUGUGAGAAAC